AUGGGUGCUAUAAUAUCGUUACCAGUCAGUUUUGUAGGGACAUUCGUGGCUUCAACUUUAGGUGGUUGUUGUUCCAAUAUUUUUUCAAAAUCAGUUAGUUCUAUUGCUUCCUCAUCAUUGGGAACAAGACUUCUCUAUGCAAUAUGGUUAUUAUUCAAUUCGUUGAUAUCUUGGAUAUCAAUGUCUGGAAAUAAGUCCUUUUUAUGGCCUGGGAGGACCUGUACAGAUACUGGUGAAUGUGGUUAUUUUACAGUCCAUAGGUUAAAUUUUGCCCUAAGUUUAAUGCAUAUAAUGCUAGCAUUUAUUUUAAUGAAUGUGAAAUCUACGAAGGAUCCAAGAGCAGCGUUACAGAAUUCAUGGUGGUCUUUGAAGUUUAUUGUGUAUAUAUUAUUAAUUACAUUCUCAUUUUGGCUACCAAAUGGUUUCUUUAUAUUCUUCUCUAAAUGGGUUUCUGUACCAGCAGGCUCAAUAUUCAUAUUAGUUGGUUUAAUCUUGCUAGUUGAUUUCGCACACCAAUGGGCAGAAACCUGUAUAUACCAUGUCGAAAUGGAGGAUGAGAAUUCAAUGUUUUGGCAGAAAUUUUUAGUCGCAGGUACUGCACUAAUGUACACUGCAUCAUUAGCAAUGACAGUUGUUAUGUAUAUAUUAUUCUGUCAUCAAGAUUGUAAUAUGAAUCAAUCUGCAGUGACAAUAAACCUUUUGUUAGCACUCCUAGCAACUGGUGUUUCCAUUCAUCCAAAAAUUCAAGAAAUUAAUCCAAAAUCUGGUUUAGCACAAGCCAGUAUGGUAUCUGUUUAUUGUUCAUAUUUGACAAUGAGUGCAAUGGCAUCUGAGCCUGAUGAUAAAAUGUGUAAUCCAUUGGUUAGAUCCAGCGGAACACGUAAUGCAAGUAUUGUUUUAGGGGCAUUAUUCACUUUUAUUGCCAUUGCCUAUACUACAACAAGAGCAGCCGUCAAUGAAGGGUUGUAUGGUAGUUCUCCAGAUGGUGAAAUUCACUUAAGUGAUGAACUGGAAUAUGAAGGACUUGGAGGUCAAACAAGAAGUCAGCUACGUUAUGAGGCUAUUAAACAGGCUGUAGAAGAAGGGUCACUCCCGGAAAGUGCAUUAUAUGAUGUCAGUUGGAUGGAGAUGCCAGGAAGAAAUAAUUCGAGUAAUGGUGAGACAAAUGCAAAUGAUGAUGAAUUCCGUAGCACUAUUUACAAUUAUUCUCUUUUCCAUUUCAUUUUCUUCCUAGCAUGUCAAUGGAUAGCAAUUUUAUUGACCAUAAAUAUCACACAAGAUGACGUCGGAAACUUUAUGCCUGUUGGUAGAACUUAUUUCUAUUCAUGGGUUAAAAUAAUAAGUGCAUGGAUAUGUUAUGGAUUGUAUAUAUGGACAGUAGUGGCACCUGUGAUGAUGCCUGAUAGAUUUGACAUAGACGAGGUUUAUUAA